CCCUUGUUACCCCUACCUGCAGCUAGAUACACUGUCAGAUCUUUUGGCAUCAGGAGAAAUGAAAAGAUUGCUGUUCACUGUACAGUUCGUGGGGCCAAGGCAGAAGAAAUCCUGGAGAAAGGUCUAAAGGUGAGGCUGGUCCCCUCACAGGACACUAUCGAUUACUCCUUCCCAUGGACCCUGGAGAGAUUUGGCUUCCACCCAGAUAACUUAGAACCAGGAGAUCAUCCUGGGUCUUGCUCCAGAAAACCAGAUUUGCCAGGUGACUUGAUCAGUCUCCAAUGUGUGAGUCUUGUCUGUCUACCCUUGACUCUGAGCUGGCUAGGUGACUGUUGGUUAUUCCUGGGACAGGUGCUGGGUAGGCCAGGUUUCAGCAUCGCAGACAAGAAGCGCAGGACAGGCUGCAUUGGGGCCAAACACAGAAUCAGCAAAGAGGAGGCCAUGCGCUGGUUCCAGCAGAAGUAUGAUGGGAUCAUCCUUCCUGGCAAAUAAAUUCCCGUUUCUAUCCAAAAGGCCAAUAAAACAUUUUCAGUGAAAUGUA